CCAUAAAAAACAACCAGCUUCCGCUCUCGAAACUCCAAUAUGUUGGAAACCGUUUCAGACUUGCACGUCUCGGUCUGUUCAAGGUGUCACCGUUUAUCUAACAACGCGGUAAGCUCAGCAGCUAGCUUGGGGUUCCACUGAAACCAUGCAGAGGCUAAACGCGACCGUUUUGGCCACCAAAAGAAGAGCUCAAGCUCGAAGCUAUCUUUCUCGUUAUUUACUGGGAUCAUGCAUUGCCCGGAAAGUAACUUCACUGUCUCGCAACUUUGCCUCCGAGACGAAGUCGAAGCCAGACGUUUACUCGCCUAACAAAAAGAUCUCCCAUUUGAUAAGAACGAACUGUCUGAGUGAAGCAAGAGCCGUGUUUGAUAAAACAGUACAAAGAAACACUGUAACGUAGAAUGCGAUGAUCAAUGGGUAUGUAAAAUUCAGAGAAAUGGCUAAAGCAAGACAACUGUUCGAUAUAAUGCCUCGAAGAGACGUCGUUUCGUGGAAUUUAAUGAUUUCGGGGUAUAUUUCGUGUCGUGGAAGUGGGUUUUUGGAGGAGGCUAGAUUGUUGUUUGAUAAAAUGCCUAAAAGAGAUAGUGUUUCGUGGAAUACAAUGAUUAGUGGGUAUGCGAAGAAUGGUAUAACGGAGGCGGCGUUGAGGGUUUUUAAUGAAAUGCCUGAGAGUGAGAGGAAUGUUGUAUCGUGGAACGCUAUGAUUUCGGGGUUUUUGCAGAAUGGUGACGUGGCUCGUGCUAUGGAGUUUUUUGAGAAAAUGCCUGAACGGGACUCUGCUUCUUUAAGCGCACUUGUGGCUGGUCUUAUUAAGAAUGGUGAGUUGGAUGAAGCGGGAAAAAUUCUGGUUAAAUUUGGGAAUAGGUGUGACGGUAGAGAAGAUUUAGUGCAUGCUUAUAAUACUUUGAUUGCCGGGUAUGGUCAGAGAGGAAGAGUAGAUGAAGCUCGAAGGCUUUUUGAUCGAAUACCAGUUUGUAGUGAGCAAGGAGAAGAAGGAAAUGAAAACUUUAGGAGGAAUGUUGUGUCGUGGAAUUCGAUGAUUAUGUGUUAUGUGAAGGCGGGAGAUAUUGUUUCUGCAAGGGAAAUCUUUGAUCAAAUGGUGGAACGAGACAGUUUUUCAUGGAAUACUAUGAUUAGUGGGUAUGUUCAUUUGUCAAAUAUGGAAGAGGCCUCUAAUCUCUUCGGUGAAAUGCCGAGUCCUGAUACUCAUUCGUGGAACACAAUGAUAUCGGGGUAUGCUCAGAUGGGUAAUUUAGAGCUUGCUCGUGAUUUUUUUGAGAGGAUGCCUCAAAAGAAUUUGGUCUCAUGGAAUUCAAUGAUAGCAGGAUGUGAGAGAAACGAGGACUAUAAAGGAGCAAUUGAGCUCUUCAGCCAGAUGCAAGUUGAAGUAGAGAAACCUGACCGGCACACCUUAUCUUCAGUUCUCAGUGUGUCUACUCAAAUUCUGGACCUGCACCUGGGAAUGCAGAUUCAUCAACUAGUCACUAAAAAAGUUAUUCCAGAUUUGCCAAUACACAAUGCCCUCAUCACCAUGUAUUCAAGAUGCGGAGCAAUAACUGAGGCACGUAGUAUUUUUGAUGAGAUGAAACUGCAGAGAAGUGUAAUCUCGUGGAAUGCAAUGAUUGGAGGAUAUACAUCCCAUGGUUUUGCAACAGAGGCUUUACAAGUUUUCAAAUUGAUGAAGAGUUCCAAAGUUUUGCCUACAUAUAUAACAUUUAUUUCAGUGUUGAGUGCUUGUGCUCAUGCAGGACUAGUAGAAGAAGGCCGUGGACAUUUUAAAUCAAUGAUCAGUGAAUAUGGUAUUGAGCCAAGAAUUGAGCACUUUGCUGCCCUUGUGGACAUAGUGGGUAGGCAUGGGCAUCUGGAGGAGGCCAUGGAUUUGAUAAAAAACAUGCCAUUUGAACCAGAUAAAGCUGUGUGGGGUGCAUUGCUGGGUGCAUGCCGGGUGCAUGACAAUGUAGAGUUGGCCCGAGUUGCAGCUGAGGCAUUGAUGAAACUUGAACCAGAAAGUUCAACCCCAUACGUGCUGCUAUACAAUAUGUAUGCAGAUGUGGGACGGUGGGAUGAUGCAACACAAUUGAGAGUAGUAAUGAAAAAUAAUAAUAUUAAGAAGCUAGCAGGGUCUAGUUGGGUCGAUUCCUCUCAUCACGAGUAAUUUACUAUCUACA